GCAUUCAAAAGCUUUCGUUCUCUUCCUUAUACCUUAUACCUUCCAUCUGCCAUCUGCCAUCUGCCGCAAUUCUAGCAUCAAGCAUCCAGUAUCAAACAUCAAAUCACACAAUUCCUACGCCUUGUACGCAUACGCAUACGCACCAACACCACAAUCCAUCAGAUAAAAUCCAAAGCGGAUCAGAUAAGAGAUUCCACGUUGCUCGGGCACUACGAGGUAUUCCGCACAAUCACCGGAAUAUGACGACUGGCUGGCAACCAAUGAUCGUACAGCAUUAUUAGCAUUGAUCCCCACCAAAAUGUCGAGUAUUGGAAAUAAAACCAGCCAUGAUGCCACGAGAGUUGCGACGAAUUCCACCCCGCGCAAGAAGAAGAGAAACAUGACUUCCACUUUCAAAUCCCUCUUAAAUUCUGCCAAGCAAACCAUCUCUGGCCAAUCCACCCCAAUUCCAGGAACCCCUUCAGAAAAUACUCCCAUCGAGCAAAUAUUCCCAAAGGUUGACCCGACUGUGGAUGGAGAUGAUUGUGACCAUGAUUGCGAAUCGUGUCAUGUGAAAUAUCCAAAAGGCUUCAAGAUAGACGAGGAUGAUGAGCUCUAUGGUCAUGUCAAAGGAUGGAGUACACAUAUUCUAGUCGCGACAGGAAAAUCGGAUUGGGUGAGAGAUGUCGCAGAUGAGAAGGGAAGUGUAAUGCAAGCAAUCGAUCAUGGUUCGGUGAAACCAAGUAAUGGGAAGCUCAUGCUCUCCGCGUCCAACAUACCCACACCUUCACAUUCGACAGAUUACUCGCAGCCUACGACUGUACUUCUCUUACCUGCAUUCGUCGUAAUUGACAACGUUACUCCACAAUCGGUGCCAACUCUGAUUACAGAGUUCAUCGACAAAGCCCCUACCAACAUGACACCUCUUGGACCCCUUUCGAUACCGCAAUCCCUCCCCGAUCCUCUCCCAUCCGCAGAACAACUCACAUCACGUCCAUCACCCCACCGAGCACUUAUCCUGCUCUGUUCGCAGAAAACUCGAGAUGCAAGAUGUGGACAAAGUGCGCCAUUACUGAAGAAGGAAUUCGAGAGGCAUUUGAGACCGCUAGGACUUUUCCGCGACUUAGAUGACGAUAGACUGGGAGGAGUUGGUAUAUACUUUAUAUCUCACGUUGGAGGACACAAAUAUAGUGCAAACGUCAUGAUCUACCGGAGAUCGGACGCGUUUGGGUUGGACAAUGUUGAAAGAGCCAACACGGAUGGGGAUAUAAUGCCAUCGAAAGUGGUACCUGGAGAAGAUGAGGAUAAGGGUGCUGCUCAAUGUAUGUGGCUAGCAAGAGUGAAACCUGAAGAUUGUGAGGGGAUUGUGAAAUUUACCAUUUUGCAAGGCAAGCUAAUCAAGCCGGAAAGUCAAUUGAGAGGUGGGUUCGAUCGGCAAAAGGGACUCUUCAGUUGGUAGGAGUCGGUAGAUAAUCCCCGGACCUGAGAGGAGAGGUUUCAUUUUGUGCAGGUAGGGAAGCGUUUGCAAAAGUUGCUUGGGGGGGGGGGGUUUAGAUGAGAUUUAAGCAUAUAAGCAUACACCUAAUCAUCAUAGAGUUAGACGGUAGCAGGCCAACCAGCAUUGUGAGGGAGGUUUUAUUAAUCCUUCAAACAAUGAAAAUGGAAAAUUGAGUUUUCGCUCGACGAAGUUCCGAGGGAUCCAUUGAUCCAUUGAUCCAUUGAAUUAUUGAAAUUA